AUGACGGAUCCGUUAGAACAGAGGUACGCAGUGAAAUUUUGUGUUCUACUCGGCAAAAAUACUGUGGAAACCAACGAGAUGAUUAAACAGGCCUUCAAGGACAAAGCCUUGUCCGAAUCCUCGGUCAGGAAGUGGCACAAGAUGUUCCGUGACGGAAGGGAAGAGGUGACCGACGAAGCCCGCUCUGGUCGUCCUUCAACAUCGCGGACCGACGAGAACGUUGACCGUGUGCGUCAGCUUCUCAACGAGGAUCGUCGUCAAGGAGUGCGGUUGAUAGCACAGACCCUCAACAUCGCCAAGUCGACCGUGCAUCGCAUCGUGACCGAGGAGUUUCAAUUAAGGACAAAAUUAAGGACAUCCAAGAAGCUACGACGAGGGCGCUGA